GUUAAACAUUAGGAAAUCUUCGAUUUGAUCUUUGUCAUGCCUCGUUGUUGUUCAGUACUUGGCUGUAGGAGCAAUUACAAAUCCACUAAAGAGAAUGUUUCAGUAUUUCGAUUUCCUAAAGAUCCUGUGAGAAGAUUAGAUUGGAUUGAUGCAAUACAUAAAGAUAAUAAAUUCAAAAUUACUACUAAUACUGUUGUUUGUAUCAAACAUUUUUUAGAUAAAGACAUUUUAAAAGAGGACGUUCUUCCGACAUUAGAUGGUUCAUUUAUAAGGGUACCCAGGAAAAUUCCCAAGUUGAAGGAUGAUGCAAUCCCUUCAAUUUUUCCAAAUCAGCCAAGUAAAAAGUCACCCUCAGUCUUUCCUGAAAGAACUGAUCCAGAGGAAAGUAACCAAAAUGAUUUGGACAUACAAGAUCAAAUCGAAUCAUUUUCUCAUUUUUGUUCUCAUUUUAAAGACAAGGAAAUUUCCAACUUUCUUUUCAACGUCAAAGAAAAUAAUUCUGUUGUGUUUUAUAAGAUUAAUUUUGAAGGUGUGAUUCCGAAAAUAACAUCAGGGUUUAAAAUUCUUAAUGAUUUGAAAGUUGAAGUAUUUAGAGACAAUAUCAAUGUACCUAUUUCUGAAUUUAACAGUUUAUUAGGUGACAGGUAUAUUUGUGAUAGAUGGUCAAAAUUUGAAAACUUAAUUGUGCAAUUGAAUAGAAUCGAUUUAGAUUCAGACUCCUCUGCUGAUACCUGCAAAUCCUCAGAUCCAUUGGUUGUCAAUGAAGUUAAGGAAGAAAUUAAGAAAAUUGAUAACACCAUUAAAAGUUGUAUGCAAAAACUAGAAGAUAUUCAUGGGGAUGAUAUUAUGGGGAUGAUCAUUUAUAAAUAAAUAUCUGACAGUGCGAACAGAAUCAAAAUUAAAAUAAAAAACUGUUUAAAUAAUAUUUUUCACAAGUUGUCUUUUUGGUGACUUGAGUCAUUGCAAAGUUGAAGUGCUGACAUUACCUAAGCUUUUCUACACAGAAAGGCCCAAUCAGUGAAUUAGUGAUCAGUGAAUUCUACAGGAAUUUGCAUUUACAUAUGUGAAUUUCAAGGAAAAAUCCAAAUAUUUUAUUGCAGGGAAUUAACUCAUUGUGCAUAUUUGUUUAUUUGAAAGCCUAACCAGAAAAAUUUAAUCAGUUCGAUGAUAUAUUCAUAAUCAAUUUAACUUUCAUUCGAAUUGAGAUCUAAAAAAUUUAAUUUUUGUAUUUUUAUGCAACAAUAUCCUUAUCACAUCCAUGAGAACUUUUCUCUUUUUCGUCUAUAUUCUUUACAAACUUAAUUUUUUCUUGACUUCUCAACUCGUAUUACCUAUCUCAAUAAUACACAGUAUCUGAAAUGGAUGGAAAUAUCAAUCUCGAAGGAAUUACAAUCCACAAGUUACUAUCGGGUGAGAAAUCACAGCAGGUCUUAAUAGUCAACUAUUUAUUAUUAUGUAUAAUAAUAAUGCAAACAUACAAGUGAAAAUAAUCAAUGAAAAAAAAUAUAUAUAUGUAUAUAAAAUGUAUAAUAUGCUAUAAUUUUAUUUGCGAAAAAGAAACUUACGGCAUUGUUUAUAUGUAAGGUCCC